UCUUUAUUAUUUAAAUAAUCAGAUGUCUAAUCACCCAUACAGCAAUGCCCCCCCUGCUUAACCUUUGGCCACAACUUAGGCUCCUAAAUUCGGUCAACCAACAUUAUAACAACCAGUUCCCUAAUAUGCUGUCCCAUUGUAAUAAUCCCCAAUUAGAUAAUCAUAUAUCCAACCAGUUUAAUAUGCUCCAGUUCCUUAACAAGUUCAAUAUGUUCCACAACCUGUUCAGUAUGUUCAAUAACCCGUCCAACCAGUAGUGUAAUCAGUUUAACAUCAAUCAAUCAAAGGAGAAUCAAGAAUUGAAUAUGUUCCAUAUUAAAAGGCUGUUGUAGAAUAUGAAGAAUAAGAGGUUGUCCAAUAUGUGCCAAGAGAGAGAAAGGUGACCGAUUAUUAUGCUGUUGAGUACUAAACCGAAUACGUUCCUUAAGUAUUUUAAGAGAAGUACACAGAAUACGUUCCAGUUGACAGAUAUCAAGAGAGAGUAGAGUAUUAUCCAGUUGAAAGACAAGUCGUCCAUCAAUAAGUUUAACCAGUCUAAUAGGUGGUUUAAUAACCAGUUUAAGUCGUCUAACAACCAGUCUAGGUUGUUUAAUAACCAGUCUAUUAAUAACCAGUCUAUUAAUAACCAGUUUAUCAAUAACCAGUCUAGUAUGUUUAAUAGCCAGUUACUUAUGCAUAACCAUUGGUUGCUUCCAGAGUUGUUCCUUAAGGUUUUGCUCAAACCUAUGCUCCAUAAUAUGCAUAGUAAUACCAACCAUAACAAAUCCCAUAAUAACCAAAAGCCCAAUAAUAACAAUAGGCUCCAAGAUCUAACGUUGGUUAAUAAUGAAUCCUAUUCAUAAAAUGAAUAUUAAUGUCUAAUAUUUUCGGUUUC